AUGAGUCGAUGGGUGGAAUGCCCGGAGUUGCAGCUGGCGGCCCUUUCCUCGCCUGUUCCCUCAACCACCAUGUCCACCUGCAGCAGCUGGGCGGUGCUGGACUCGGUCUGCAGCAGCCAGCCGCCGCCGGACCCGUGCUCUCUCUCAACACCGUCCGCAAACCGUGAAAGUGCACGGACCCCCGCUGUGUGUGCCCUGCGGUUCACGGCAGCGACAUCAUCGUCGCCGUGUGCGUCGAGCAGAGACGUGUGGACGGGCCGAAGUCCAUCGGAGUGGUCGAUGUUGUUUGUGGAGCACUCGCCGACGUGGUCCGAGUGCGGGACACGUGAGUUGCCAGCAGCGGAAGUGGACCCAGCAGGCAAGUCAACAAACACCACCAUCACUACCACCACAGCAGCAGCAGCAGGAACAUCAGCAGCAACGGAUGUGAAAGAGAAUGAUGAGAGGGAAGAAGCAUCAGUGAAUGAAAGGAGACAGUAUUUUUCCUUUCGCCCAUCUUCCUAUAGUUGUGGAUUGUUUCGUUGCGGUGGUUUACCUUUUAUUUCUCACUGUGGUCUUCACAAUACCGCCGCUCUUCGAUGUUCGCAAGUUCUUUUUGCCGGAAAAAAUGAAUUAUGUGCAGUCGUUCAGGACUUUUUCUUAAGUCCAUUGCGAAGAUUUGAUUUUAAAGAAACAUCUUCCUCCGAGAGUGAUAUGGACUCCUUCGUGCAGUCGCUGCGCGGCACCCCAUCAAUCGCCCCAUCAACAAUAGAAGAUGAAACAGUCGUGAAGUCUGGAGAGUACUCUUCAGAAGAGAUGUGUAGUCAAGAGAGUGAUGCUGUGCAUAGUCCACUGUUUAAUUUGGUUGCCUUUCGUGCAUUUCUGGGUCUCGCUGCGUUGAUGUUCAUUGGUCAAAUACCACAACGUGAAGGAUCACCGCGUUAUCGACGGCGUUCAUCAAUGAAUAGAGGAGAGGAUGGUCGGAGUUCUAUUGGGCAGUGGUUUGCAAACAACUUGGAAUCACUGGCGCUCUCUGCUUUGCACGGUAUCAUUGUCUUUGUAUUGUGA